CACUAUCGCUCGCUGUCUGCGUCGUCUGUUCUCUUUCUCGAUUACCGCGGCGACACCGCCAGCAUGGCGGAUUUCUCGCAGAAUGUGCUCACGCUGUAUUUGGGUGACAACAGCGCGCUGUUGAUGCCGCGUAUGAAGACCAUCGAGCUCUACCGCAAGAAUGCCAAGAAGUCCAAUGACCCUGCGGUGUUGUUCCAGUACGCGCAAUACAUCCUCCAGACUGCACUCAUGGUGGAUGACAAGACCGUCUCGCUGAGCAACUCGCAGGACUCCAUUGGCUCCGAGCGCAAGCACCCGCCAGCAAAUUCCAUGAAUGACUUGCUCCAUGCUGUGCCCAAGUCCGCAUCGUCCGCAUCCUUGCCCAUCCCGAAGGCAUCGCUGGAUAGCCGCUUGAAGAAGGAGUUGUUGAAGGAGGCCGUGCACUACCUUCGUCGUCUCUCGGAUCGCGGUUACUCCGAGGCGCAGUACCUUCUCGGCGACGCGUACUCGUCCGGUGCGCUUGGCCGUGUCGACAACAAGGAGGCGUUCGUGCUCUUCCAGCACGCCGCGAAGCACGGCCACGCCGAGUCCGCCUACCGCACGUCCUACUGCUACGAGGAAGGCCUUGGCACCGGCCGCGAUGCGCGCAAGGCCGUUGAAUUCCUCAAGAGCGCCGCUGCCCGCAUCCACCCUGCCGCUAUGUACAAGCUCGGGGUCUACUCCUUCUACUCGCGCAUGGGCCUCCCUAACAACGUCACCACCAAGAAGGCUGGCAUCCAGUGGCUUCUGCGCGCGGUCGACCGCGCGAACGAGUUGGUGGCUGGUGCACCGUAUGAGCUUGCCAAGAUCCACUUUGCGGGUUUCGAGGAUAUUAUCAUCCCUGACAAGCACUAUGCGUUGGAGUUGUACGCGCAAGCCGCGGCAUUGGGCCACGUGCCGUCCGCCACGCUCCUCGGGCGCUUCUACGAGAUAGGCGACGUUGUGCCGCAGGACGCGAACUUGUCCAUCCACUACUACACACAGGCCGCGCUUGGUGGCGACGCCGAAGCCAUGUUGGCCAUGUGUGCAUGGUACCUUGUCGGCGCUGAUCCGUACCUCGUCGUGGACGAGAUGGAGGCGUUUGAGUGGGCCAAGCGCGCGGCACUGUGCGGCUUGGUCAAGGCACAGUUUGCGCUUGGCCACUUCUACGAGAAGGGGAUUGGCUGCCAGGCGAACAUGGUCGAGGCCGAGAAGUGGUACACCAAUGCUGCGACUGCGGGUGAUGCCAAGGCAAUUGCGCGGAUGCAGGAGUUGCGUCCGGGCGCCAAGUUGCCGAAGACGGUGACGAAAAAGAAG